CCAAUGCCCAAAGGUAUACCUUUAGGCUUUAUAGUACCUAAAUAAUAACAAUGCUCAAUGAGUGAUCACUCUUCAGUUGUAAUAUUAUUACAGCAAUAUAUGUGAUUUAAUUAUUUCACACACCCAUACAAUAAUAUAAAGUAAAUCAUUCGUGUUGAAUUCAAUAAAUUGCUCAGUGGAAUCUCAUUCUUUGGAUUCAUACACAGAAUCUUACGUUUGCUUUAAGAAUAACGAUUCUACACGACGACGAUGUACUCGAGUGGCAGCAGUAGCAGCAGGAUACAUACCAGCACGUUAGCGUUUACCGAACACGCUGCGGUCGAUAUUUUGAAAUAUGCCACGAAGUUCGCUCUCCUCCGCAAUGAUCACGUCAUCCAUCCACUGCUUAACGAAAUGAACGACAAAGGGUACAUUGCGAUCAAACAAAUGGUACACAAAACAUUUCCCAACUGCCACAUAAAUCAGAUACGCCUAGUUCACGUCCCACAGAUGUACGGCAUGUACAUGCUGCGCGAAGAAGAAUUGAAAUUGACCAUUGGCCGAAGUGUCCAGAAGAAAUUGCUGUUCCACGUGACCACCGAAGCCAGAGCCAUGGAGUCGUUGGACAGCGGACUCGACUGGAGACGCAGCCGGCGCAACAAGUUCGGUUGCGGUGUGUCAUUCAGUGACGACGCCGAUUACGCCAACUUUUACGCCGACAACUUCACUAGCGAAGAAACACGAGUGAUCAUGAUAUGCUCCGUGCUGGUCAGCGAAACGUACGUGGUCCCGAGGCAGAACGAUGGGAACUCUUUGGUCGUACCACCCAGCCGUGCCGACACGACGGUGAGCGAUAACAGCCGCGUGUACGUAAAGUACAACGAUAAUGACUUCUAUCCACUGUACUUUGUGCACUACCGGAACAGACCUGAACACCUGACCACUAGCAAAUAUUUCCGUGCCAACAGUCGCCGGGCCAUGGGUCACUAUGAUAGAAGGACCAUUGAAGAAAAGUGCAGCGACUUCUACGACGACAUGCGUAGCCACUACGAAAAAUACGACGAAUGACUACAACAGCGACGAACUCUAUGGCGACGACCUCUGUUUGAGUACUUCGACGGCUGACUAUUACUUUAAUAUUUACCAAAACAUGGACAAGAAGUAUAAUUGUCUGUAUAAUUAUUUUGAUUUUACUUAAUAUACUAAUUAAUAUUCAUA